AUGUUCGUUAUAUUACCUAUCAGGGAGGUAGGUACGGAUGGAUGGAUGGAUGAGGUCUCUCUGUUUAGGGAAUAUAAUGUAAAUCUUGGUUUAAGGGAAGAGGAAAGGAGGAAAGGAGAGGAAAGGAAAGGAGGAAAGAAGGGAAGGAAAGGGAAGGAAGGAGAGGAAGGAGAGGAAGGAGAGGAAGGAGAGGAAGGAGAGGAAGGAGAGGAAGGAGAGGAAGCAGAGGAAGGAGAGGAAGCAGAGGAAGGAGAGGAAGGAGAGGAAGGAGAGGAAGGAGAGGAAGCAGAGGAAGGAGAGGAAGCAGAGGAAGGAGAGGAAGCAGAGGAAGGAGAGGAAGGAGGAAAGAGAGGAAGGAGGAAAGAGAGGAAAAAUUUAAACCUUCUUUACUACCUGGCAGGGUUGAUGGUUGAUGGUUGA